AUGGAGCAGAUUUUUAUGAUAGAGGUUUUCGUAAAGAAAAUAGUUCUAAAAAUAGAACCACCAGAAAAAGAUGAGUAUGAACUGAAAAUGGAAGAAGAGGAAAGAAGACGAGAAGCUGAAGCUUUAGCUGCAGCAGAAGCUGCACAGAAGGGUAAAAAGAAGAAAGGUAAGCCAGCGAAAGCGAAAAAGGGAAAGGGAAAGAAGGGUAAAGAACCCCCACUACCAUCUGAAGAAGAAAUGAAAUUCUUGCAAACAUGUACUCUGCAAAUGAACUGUUUGCCUCUUUUUGAUUUUUAUGUAGCUCACGAUAAUUUUAUUGCCCCACCACCUCCACCCCCUCCUGGUAAAGGCAAGAAAGGUAAAAAACCUCCGAAACCAAAAAAGGGUAAGAAGAAAGGAAAAAUUCCACCUAAGAAGAUUAUUCUUCCCUCAGAACCUUUACCUCAACCUCCGUAUUUUGGUGUUGGUAAUUCAAUUAUGUUCCUAUCCAGACCUUCAAAGCUAGAAGAAGUAUUAAGGAAAACUCCUAUUUAUAUCACAGUAUGGAACAGAGAUCAGGAAAUGAAUUGUAUUGGUUUCUGUAUAGUUGAAUGGCAUGAAAGCUUUUUUGACUGUCUUCAAAGAUCAGGAGAACUAAAUCCAGUUAACAUGGACCAAGCUGAAUAUCGGGAUACAUCUAGACCAGAAAUGAUAACUAAUACAGUUGAAUUAACACGACCAUUACAAUGUGAAGAGGAUUUGAAAGCGUCUGGAGAAAUUGAAUUUUUUAUAAGAUUGACAUGUAUGGGUAAUAGGGUCAUAAGUUAUUUUGUUGCUUUACCCGAAAUGGAAAGGCUGCCUGGGCGAAAGUAUUUAUCAGAUGAUUUAAAACUCAAAGACGUCGAAGUAGUGAGACACUGGGACGGUACAACCAUAGAUGCGGUUCCACCUGUAGCCUACUUUUUCGGUGCUCCCGAUAUAAUAAGAGAACCUAUAAGACCAGUUGAACAACCACGGGUAUACGAUGAUUUUGUAGCACCAUAUACAGCUAGUGAAUUAGCUAUCCUUGCUAUGGGCUUCCCAAAAGGGCCAUGUGGUGGUACAAAUUGUCCAAAACGCAUGGAUUAUCGGGGCAGUCAGCAUCAGUUUAUUCAUGGUGAAACUAUAAAGGGUAAAUACCAACAUGGGCAAUUUGUAAACAAAAGAGACGUCCAUGGUCCCUGUGGUAGACUAGACUGUCCAUUAGCGAAAAAAGUUCGUGCCUAUCUGUGUUCCGAAGGCAGCUAUAAACCUUGUAAGAAACCAUGCUGUUUAGAUUAUUAUUAA